AUGAUUCGACUGUAUGUGAACGAGUGGGGUGGUCACGUGGGCUCGUGGGCACGUGGGCUCGUGGGCACGUGGGCUCGUGGGCACGUGGGCUCGUGGGCACGUGGGCUCGUGGGCACGUGGGCUCGUGGGCACGUGGGCUCGUGGGCACGUGGGCUCGUGGGCACGUGGGCUCGUGGGCACGUGGGCUCGUGGGCACGUGGGCUCGUGGGCACGUGGGCUCGUGGGCACGUGGGCUCGUGGGCACGUGGGCUCGUGGGCACGUGGGCUCGUGGGCACGUGGGCUCGUGGGCACGUGGGCUCGUGGGCACGUGGGCUCGUGGGCACGUGGGCUCGUGGGCACGUGGGCUCGUGGGCACGUGGGCUCGUGGGCACGUGGGCUCGUGGGCACGUGGGCUCGUGGGCACGUGGGCUCGUGGGCACGUGGGCUCGUGGGCACGUGGGCUCGUGGGCACGUGGGCUCGUGGGCACGUGGGCUCGUGGGCACGUGGGCUCGUGGGCACGUGGGCUCGUGGGCACGUGGGCUCGUGGGCACGUGGGCUCGUGGGCACGUGGGCUCGUGGGCACGUGGGCUCGUGGGCACGUGGGCUCGUGGGCACGUGGGCUCGUGGGCACGUGGGCUCGUGGGCACGUGGGCUCGUGGGCACGUGGGCUCGUGGGCACGUGGGCUCGUGGGCACGUGGGCUCGUGGGCACGUGGGCUCGUGGGCACGUGGGCUCGUGGGCACGUGGGCUCGUGGGCACGUGGGCUCGUGGGCACGUGGGCUCGUGGGCACGUGGGCUCGUGGGCACGUGGGCUCGUGGGCACGUGGGCUCGUGGGCACGUGGGCUCGUGGGCUCGUGGGCUCGUGGGCACGUGGGCUCGUGGGCACGUGGGCUCGUGGGCACGUGGGCUCGUGGGCACGUGGGCUCGUGGGCACGUGGGCUCGUGGGCACGUGGGCUCGUGGGCACGUGGGCUCGUGGGCACGUGGGCUCGUGGGCACGUGGGCUCGUGGGCACGUGGGCUCGUGGGCACGUGGGCUCGUGGGCACGUGGGCUCGUGGGCACGUGGGCUCGUGGGCACGUGGGCUCGUGGGCACGUGGGCUCGUGGGCACGUGGGCUCGUGGGCACGUGGGCUCGUGGGCACGUGGGCUCGUGGGCACGUGGGCUCGUGGGCACGUGGGCUCGUGGGCACGUGGGCUCGUGGGCACGUGGGCUCGUGGGCACGUGGGCUCGUGGGCACGUGGGCUCGUGGGCACGUGGGCUCGUGGGCACGUGGGCUCGUGGGCACGUGGGCUCGUGGGCACGUGGGCUCGUGGGCACGUGGGCUCGUGGGCACGUGGGCUCGUGGGCUCGUGGGCUCGUGGGCACGUGGGCUCGUGGGCACGUGGGCUCGUGGGCUCGUGGGCUCGUGGGCUCGUGGGCUCGUGGGCACGUGGGCUCGUGGGCUCGUGGGCUCGUGGGCACGUGGGCUCGUGGGCACGUGGGCUCGUGGGCACGUGGGCUCGUGGGCACGUGGGCUCGUGGGCACGUGGGCUCGUGGGCACGUGGGCUCGUGGGCACGUGGGCUCGUGGGCACGUGGGCUCGUGGGCACGUGGGCUCGUGGGCACGUGGGCUCGUGGGCACGUGGGCUCGUGGGCACGUGGGCUCGUGGGCUCGUGGGCUCGUGGGCACGUGGGCUCGUGGGCACGUGGGCUCGUGGGCACGUGGGCUCGUGGGCACGUGGGCUCGUGGGCACGUGGGCUCGUGGGCUCGUGGGCUCGUGGGCACGUGGGCUCGUGGGCACGUGGGCUCGUGGGCUCGUGGGCUCGUGGGCUCGUGGGCUCGUGGGCACGUGGGCUCGUGGGCACGUGGGCUCGUGGGCACGUGGGCUCGUGGGCUCGUGGGCUCGUGGGCACGUGGGCUCGUGGGCACGUGGGCUCGUGGGCACGUGGGCUCGUGGGCACGUGGGCUCGUGGGCACGUGGGCUCGUGGGCACGUGGGCUCGUGGGCACGUGGGCUCGUGGGCACGUGGGCUCGUGGGCACGUGGGCUCGUGGGCACGUGGGCUCGUGGGCACGUGGGCUCGUGGGCACGUGGGCUCGUGGGCACGUGGGCUCGUGGGCACGUGGGCUCGUGGGCACGUGGGCUCGUGGGCACGUGGGCUCGUGGGCACGUGGGCUCGUGGGCACGUGGGCUCGUGGGCACGUGGGCUCGUGGGCUCGUGGGCUCGUGGGCACGUGGGCUCGUGGGCACGUGGGCUCGUGGGCACGUGGGCUCGUGGGCACGUGGGCUCGUGGGCACGUGGGCUCGUGGGCACGUGGGCUCGUGGGCACGUGGGCUCGUGGGCACGUGGGCUCGUGGGCACGUGGGCUCGUGGGCACGUGGGCUCGUGGGCACGUGGGCUCGUGGGCACGUGGGCUCGUGGGCACGUGGGCUCGUGGGCACGUGGGCUCGUGGGCACGUGGGCUCGUGGGCACGUGGGCUCGUGGGCACGUGGGCUCGUGGGCACGUGGGCUCGUGGGCACGUGGGCUCGUGGGCACGUGGGCUCGUGGGCACGUGGGCUCGUGGGCACGUGGGCUCGUGGGCACGUGGGCUCGUGGGCACGUGGGCUCGUGGGCUCGUGGGCUCGUGGGCACGUGGGCUCGUGGGCACGUGGGCUCGUGGGCACGUGGGCUCGUGGGCACGUGGGCUCGUGGGCACGUGGGCUCGUGGGCACGUGGGCUCGUGGGCACGUGGGCUCGUGGGCACGUGGGCUCGUGGGCUCGUGGGCUCGUGGGCACGUGGGCUCGUGGGCACGUGGGCUCGUGGGCUCGUGGGCUCGUGGGCUCGUGGGCUCGUGGGCACGUGGGCUCGUGGGCUCGUGGGCUCGUGGGCACGUGGGCUCGUGGGCACGUGGGCUCGUGGGCACGUGGGCUCGUGGGCACGUGGGCUCGUGGGCACGUGGGCUCGUGGGCACGUGGGCUCGUGGGCACGUGGGCUCGUGGGCACGUGGGCUCGUGGGCACGUGGGCUCGUGGGCACGUGGGCUCGUGGGCACGUGGGCUCGUGGGCACGUGGGCUCGUGGGCACGUGGGCUCGUGGGCUCGUGGGCUCGUGGGCACGUGGGCUCGUGGGCACGUGGGCUCGUGGGCACGUGGGCUCGUGGGCACGUGGGCUCGUGGGCACGUGGGCUCGUGGGCUCGUGGGCUCGUGGGCACGUGGGCUCGUGGGCACGUGGGCUCGUGGGCUCGUGGGCUCGUGGGCUCGUGGGCUCGUGGGCACGUGGGCUCGUGGGCACGUGGGCUCGUGGGCACGUGGGCUCGUGGGCUCGUGGGCUCGUGGGCACGUGGGCUCGUGGGCACGUGGGCUCGUGGGCACGUGGGCUCGUGGGCACGUGGGCUCGUGGGCACGUGGGCUCGUGGGCACGUGGGCUCGUGGGCACGUGGGCUCGUGGGCACGUGGGCUCGUGGGCACGUGGGCUCGUGGGCACGUGGGCUCGUGGGCACGUGGGCUCGUGGGCACGUGGGCUCGUGGGCACGUGGGCUCGUGGGCACGUGGGCUCGUGGGCACGUGGGCUCGUGGGCACGUGGGCUCGUGGGCACGUGGGCUCGUGGGCACGUGGGCUCGUGGGCACGUGGGCUCGUGGGCACGUGGGCUCGUGGGCACGUGGGCUCGUGGGCACGUGGGCUCGUGGGCACGUGGGCUCGUGGGCACGUGGGCUCGUGGGCACGUGGGCUCGUGGGCACGUGGGCUCGUGGGCACGUGGGCUCGUGGGCACGUGGGCUCGUGGGCACGUGGGCUCGUGGGCUCGUGGGCUCGUGGGCACGUGGGCUCGUGGGCACGUGGGCUCGUGGGCUCGUGGGCUCGUGGGCUCGUGGGCUCGUGGGCACGUGGGCUCGUGGGCUCGUGGGCUCGUGGGCACGUGGGCUCGUGGGCACGUGGGCUCGUGGGCACGUGGGCUCGUGGGCACGUGGGCUCGUGGGCACGUGGGCUCGUGGGCACGUGGGCUCGUGGGCACGUGGGCUCGUGGGCACGUGGGCUCGUGGGCACGUGGGCUCGUGGGCACGUGGGCUCGUGGGCACGUGGGCUCGUGGGCUCGUGGGCUCGUGGGCUCGUGGGCUCGUGGGCUCGUGGGCUCGUGGGCACGUGGGCUCGUGGGCACGUGGGCUCGUGGGCUCGUGGGCUCGUGGGCUCGUGGGCUCGUGGGCACGUGGGCUCGUGGGCUCGUGGGCUCGUGGGCACGUGGGCUCGUGGGCACGUGGGCUCGUGGGCACGUGGGCUCGUGGGCACGUGGGCUCGUGGGCACGUGGGCUCGUGGGCACGUGGGCUCGUGGGCACGUGGGCUCGUGGGCACGUGGGCUCGUGGGCACGUGGGCUCGUGGGCACGUGGGCUCGUGGGCACGUGGGCUCGUGGGCACGUGGGCUCGUGGGCUCGUGGGCUCGUGGGCACGUGGGCUCGUGGGCACGUGGGCUCGUGGGCUCGUGGGCUCGUGGGCUCGUGGGCUCGUGGGCACGUGGGCUCGUGGGCUCGUGGGCUCGUGGGCUCGUGGGCUCGUGGGCACGUGGGCUCGUGGGCUCGUGGGCUCGUGGGCUCGUGGGCUCGUGGGCAUGUGGGCAUCGGGAGUGAGAACUGCUAUCAACUACCAAGGUGA